CGGGAAAUUGAGCUCCUCAUCGUCCUAAUCAUUCACCAUGGCUGACCAGAUCGAGAAGGCGUACCAGAAGCAGCAUUUAUUCCAAAACGCCAAAGCCCGCGGUGGCAAGAAGGUUGCGACCAAGGAAAAGCGGUGGUACAAGGAUGUUGGUCUUGGAUUCAAGACCCCUGCGGAGGCUAUCCAAGGCACUUACAUCGACAAGAAGUGCCCUUUCACCGGUAACGUCUCCAUUCGUGGCCGUAUCUUGACCGGCAAAGUUGUUUCAACCAAGAUGACGCGGACAAUUGUGAUCCGCAGGGAUUACCUCCACUACAUUCCUAAAUACAACCGUUACGAGAAGAGACACAAGAACAUGGCCGUUCAUGUAUCACCCGCUUUCCGUGUAGAGGUUGGUGAUACUGUCACUAUCGGGCAAUGUCGGCCACUGUCAAAAACGGUACGAUUCAACGUCCUACGGGUGUCGAAGAGCAAGGCAGCAGCCAAAGCCUUCGGCAAGUUCUGAGAGUGCCAUCGAGAUUCUAUUUACGCUGUUGACAUUGCAUGAUUUCUACUACCCAUUGCGCUAUGCCCGCAUGAAAAAUUCAUUGCUGCAUUAUGACAAGCACUUUUUUUAGAA